UCACAAGUCAAGCUUUUACAGUAUUUAAAAGGGGACGGAAAUGAUAUAUAUUACCUGAAAGUACUUCAAUAUGCUAUUAUAAAUAGUCGACUAAGCACUGUAUCCAUGUUACUCGCGGCCGAUAAAAGAAUCAAGAUAAAAAACAAAAGCACUGAUACUACACUCCUCCACGAUGCAGCACAGAAAUGUAUAGAUGUGGCCAAAUUGCUUCUUAACCGAGGAGCUAAUAUUGAACUGAGAAAUAAUGAGGAUGAAACACCACUUCAUGUGGCAGCUUUAUUCGGAAACGCAGAUGUAACCAAACUACUUCUUGCCCGAGGAGCCAAUAUUGAAGCAAAGCAGAAUACUGGUCAUACACCACUUUAUUAUGCAGCUCUGUGUGGAAAUACAGAUGCGGCCAACUGGCUUCUUGACCAAAGAUCCAAUAUGAAAGCUAAUAAGGAGAAUACACGACAUCACCUUACGACUCUUAAUGGAAAAGCAGAUGUAGCCAAAUUACUUCUUGACCAAGGAGCCAAUAUUGAAGCUAAGGGUGAUGAUAAUGAAACAGCACUUCAUGUUACAGCUUGGCUUGGAAAUGCAGAUGCAGCGAAAUUGCUUCUUAACCGAGGAGCUGAUAUUGAAGCUAAAGAUAAUACUAGUGAA